GCGCACUUUUGGAAUUUCGCGUUCAAAAAGAGCAACUGCCAAGAACUUGUAAAGAAGAGAAAUGACGCAGGCAAAGAAUGCUCAAAACGACGAGCAAGAGCAGGGCGACUGGCUCUCCACCUUGUUUGCAAAUGGCGACAAAACACGUCCAGCUGCUACCGGCGACACGAGAGCAUUUCACACCUCCCAUCAUGCCCUCCUCGGCGGCACACUGGCGGCCGUCGCGGUCGCUAUCCUGGUCCAUCCCCGUUCCUGGCGCCGGUACAAAACAGCAGACUACAUGACCCCGCCUGUUAUUCAGUCCAGGCGCAAACUGUACGGUAUUUGUACCGACGUCAAGGAUAAUGACAACUUUCGGUUGUACCAUACGCCGCUGGUGUAUAGGGCUCUGGGGAAAAAAGUGCCGACAACACGAAAAGAGCUCCAAAACGAGACGAUCCAUGUGCGGUUAGCGGGGAUUGACGCUCCAGAAGGUGCUCACUUUGGCAUGACGGCACAGCCAUUUCAUGUCGAGUCCAAAGAGUGGUUAUCAACACGGCUCAAAGGUCAGCGGGUGGUCAUCAAGCCUUUGAGAAGAGAUCACUAUGGCCGAAUGGUGUGCAUGGCGUGGACCUACCGUCCAUUCUGGCCUUUUCUGCGCAACGUUUCCUUGGACAUGCUCCAAGCUGGUUAUGCGACGCUCUACGAGCAAGCUGGGGCAGAAUACGAUGGCAUGCUGCUCAAAUUUCAAAAAGCUGAAAUGAAGGCACGAGCGUCAAAAAAGGGAAUGUGGGGAUCGAGCGAGCCCUUUGUCUCUCCUGCGCAACAUAAAAAGACUCGAUCACGAUAACAAUGGUGGGCGACGAGCGAGCGUCAGUCCUACCGGGGCGCUUUCAUUGUCCUUCUUGUUUAACGUUUGCCAACGUUACUUGAACGUCAUUGCCCUUUUGACGAGGGGGUGGGAAGAUCCUGACAUGCGUGGGAAGAUUCUGACGGGCGUGGGAACGCGCGUGUUUCCAUGCCCCUUUGGCAGAGGAACCCUUCCGUGCCUGGCCCCCCCGUUGAGAGAUCUGAGAUACGCUUCUUUGAAGCCAUCUUACAAGUAGAAUAUGGUCGUUGCCUCUGUUCAAGAACUGGACAAGAUCGUUGUCGAAUGCACACAAGACCAACAGAUCCCAAACUGCGGCUCUAUAGCUCUACGGGGAUGAUAAAACACGUUGCGUCUGCCUGUCUGCCUAGUGGUCUUUUUUUGCGUGCUUGUAUCUUGGCUAAUCAAAAUAUUGGAUUAUGCAAAAAGGGACCCUGGUCAUGCGAACGAAUAGCGUUUGGCGAAUAAAGCCCAUCUGGGGCUCGUGGUAUCCCGGCUGUUUUUCGCCGCGGAUUUCCUGCAUGAUCCCUUCGUGACGUUUUCAUUCAUUGAAAAACCAUGGUGGGAAAAAACAUUGUUCGCGCACGUUUGGCAUGGAGAACGUCAUUCCGUCCCUUUUUCUUUGGCCCUAACUUUGGUUCCAUUGCUUUUGGAGAGCGUUCUGCUCACGGAAAGCAGACAAGAAUAAGAUACAACGCUGGGUUUUCAACCGAGGGGAAUCGAGGGUAGAUCUGUGGACAUCCGACGAUUCUCCAACGCAUCUCGCAAACUACCAAGGCUGGGAUCUACUCUUCCUCUUCCUUAUUCUGCUGAUGCUAAUGCUGCUGCGGCUGCUAAUGCUGAUGCUGACCAAACAGCGUCAUCCUCCUCAACCUUUCCUGGAUGACCAAAACAAACCCUAGCUGCCAAGGUAAAGCCAUUCAAGGCGUUCCCCGACUCCAACAAUGUUUUGCGCAUUGAAAAGAGUACCUGAUUUCGUAUUCAUCAUCGUGACAUGUAACAAAAAAAACCAAAAAAAAAACAAAACAAAAAAACAAUAAGAUGAAA